AGCAUCAAUUAACAAAAGUUGUUCUUUGCGGCGACAGAUCGGAACUUUGGAAGAAGAUGAGCUUGACGCUGCUUCAAGGCUAUUCUUCUGCGGAAGAUGAUGAAGCGGAAGAGAGAAAUAUUGAGGAUUACGAGAACUCCGACGGAGAUGAGAGUAACAAUGGUGUUCGGAGAUAUGAAUCGUCUUCUGUGUUUGAUUUCUCUGCAUCUGCUUCUUCCGCUAAAGACUCCGGCCUUCCUUCAGCUAACGAUAUUUUCUCUCAGAUUUCAGGGCCACCGGAGUUUCUAAACAACCGUACAGAAGCGGAUGAAGAAGCUUCAGCGAGAGAUGCAGAGCAUGCAAAUCGUAUUAGUCGCAAAAAGAAGAAAAUUAAGCCAAAAGGUAUUGUCAUGGAAGCAAAACCUCAACUAGUAGGAAUCCACGAGAGAGUACGAAACGAUAUAGAUGCACCACCAUCUUCAGUGAGUGGAGAGAAGCGGAUAGCUACUGCAACCAUUCCUAACGCAGAAGAAUCAGCAGAUCUCUUGAGGAUGUGUUUGCAAUGCGGUGUACCAAAAACAUAUACAAGCACAAGAGGAAUGGUAUGCCCGAUUUGUGGUGACCGGCCUCUACCAGACUUAGACGCUAAGAAGAAAGGCUCUACAAUCAAAGACAAAGAGAAGAGCAAAAGAAUGAGAGGACAGUCCUCUCAUGCUUCUUGGAAAAGUGAAACCGAGAUGCAGCUUAGGCAAACUUUCGAUUAGAAUGUUUCAAAACUUUCUUUAUCCUUCUACAACAUUGUACCAUCCAAAUCCAAUUUGUGUAACGUAGCUUGUGACACAAAGUUUAAUCUUAAUCUACGCAAUUAAUGGAAUUUGUAUUGCUUUCGGAAUGU